AUGCCUGAAAACCGUCGAUGUCUGGACUGGUUAGUGAUUGUGGGCACUCACCACUAUGCCCGAGAUCGCUCCUACUUCAAGGACUAUAUUUCGGUGGGUCAAAAGGUUCCCCAUUUCACGUUUGGAGUGGAACUAGAUAUCGCUGGGAUGGGGACCGUGGAACUUCUUGUGCACACUGGCCCGGACGCCAAUUCUCCUACCCGAACUCUUGUUUUGGAAAAUGUCCUGCAUAUUCCUGCCGCUCUCUGCAAUGGCUUCUGCCUUUUCAAUUAUCAUCGCGCCAAUGGAGGAUCGCUGGGGUUCAGGUCAGGUUAUCAAGCAGGAUGGGAUAGAAAUCACUCCCCGCUCUGGUGUGCACCACCCUUCCGUGGGUUCGAAAGGAUGGUUGUGGCGGGAGACGAAGAGGGCGCAUGUUAUUUUGUCGAUGGACUACGACCGAUCGAUAUCACUAUUAUUGUUGAUGAAUCAACGUUGCCACGAAUGCCAGAGACUGUACGGCCUAGGGCAGAGGAUCCUUCUGAAAAUCGUCCUGGAAAUGUUCCUGAGGACACUCGGCGCGACUUUGACUGUGUUAUGACAGUGGGAUUUCGCCUGCUGUAA